AAUUUUGAACAAUCGAUUGCUUGCAACCGAUUUGAUAUCGGCCAACACAUUUAUGAUAAAAAAUCUACACCAAUCACUCAAUUCAUUUGCCUGAAUGAAUGAAUGAAAAGAACAAAAUCAGCGUGCAGGGACCUGCGCCCGCGCCGCCCUACCGCAACAACCGCUUGCUAUCCUGUGCCAUCCCAUCCCACUACCUGGAUUUGUGCCUUGGGGUUAUUUUAUAACUGAAAUUAAGUAUUUUUAUUGACUGUAAAUGAUAUCCGUAAGAUGGCCGAGGUUUGUAGGCUCGGCAGUUAUAAUUUACAAAGAAAAACUAUUAACGACCACGAAGAAAACGUUUGUUUAUUAAAUGUUUUGUGUGUGUUUAUAUCGUUGGUAACCAUACUUGCUGAUUUGACUACAGAUGUAUUAGUAUUCAUUGAAUAUUGCAAAAGUGGAUAUCCAUACUGGGCACUGACAACUUCGAUUUUUAUUGUUGCGCCUAAUAUUAUGAUAAACGUUUUUUCAUUAAGAUGGUUUGUCAUUGAUCAAAAGUCCCAAAUAAGACAUUGGAUCACUCAUGGAUUUCUAGUGGGAUUGUUAGAAAGGUACAUUAUUUUCAUGCACAAAGUGCUUGAAUGCAAAAAUGUGGAAUCAAUAAAAGCACUAAAGCUAUUUACUCAAAUAAAUGAUCUCAUUUUAUUGCAUUUCUUAUAUGUUUUCAUCGGAACUAUUCCACAAAUUAUUUUACAAGUUUAUGGAAUUGUUACAUUAAAUGAAAACUAUCAUACAAAAGCAUUUGCCCUUUGUGCUUCGAUUGCAUCAGUGGUAUGGGGAUGCGCGAAUUACAUUUACGGCCUUUCAUGGUUUGGCAGUGAGAAAUUCCAAUGGAAUGCAUUUUUACUGAAACUUGUUUGGCAUUUUGGGAUGCUUAUCAGUCGGAUUGCCGGUAUUAUAUUAUUUACCAUUAUUUUUGGUAUAUGGACAUUAGUGCCUUUAGGCCUUCACUGGUCUGCAAUGACCUUUUGGAUUGUAACACAAAAAACUACGUUUUGUCCCAAUAAACUAGAGGAAACAUUCUACAAUGUCAUAAUGGGGCUUGUAUAUUGUUUCUGUUAUAUUAAUUUACGAGAGGGGCAUACGAGAUAUCGCCUGAUGAUGUUCUACACCUUAAUGGUGACACAAAAUUUCGGAAGUUUAUUUUUGUAUGUGAUAUCUGACUUAGAAAGGCAAAAGAAACCCUGGUCUAUUGCAACUUCAACAUGUGUGAUUGUGGGUACUAUAAUAGGAAUGUGCGCUAUGAUAUUCUAUUAUAGAUAUUAUCAUUCUAAGGGACCUAUACCAUGGAAAAAUGACAGCAACGAUAUUGAAUUAAAUAACAAAGUUCCAACAGCUACAGAAAAUAAAAGAAAUAAUAACAAAAGUUUAAAUUAUGUUAGGUCCUUCAAAAGCACUCAAAAGAUAAAAGUUACUGAAGAAACUUCAGAAAGGAAGAAUUGUGCUCAAGUACAACCAAGUGACAUUGACAGUGCUGACAAAAAGUUCCUACUAGACCAUUGGAUUGCUAGGUCCGGAACUCCAACCUUUACAUCAGCUCCAGUUGGUGAUAAUAGCAUAGAUGUUUCUAGCAUAGAAUUUCAUACAGUGGAAAACACUCCUCAAACAGUUAGCAAAGAAGACAAAAACUUAUACGAAAGGGGUAGGAUGAAAACCUUAGUUAAAAAAGGCAAAGGAGCCCAAGUGUUGGAUCUAACUGAGUUGACAUCAAAGAUAUCUGCUUUUGAAAAUAUAGAAAGCUCUAUAGAUAUUAUCACUGCAAGUAACCUUAAUUUACAAAAACGUCGUGGAAUUUGUUCAUCUGAUGAAUUAAGAGAUGAUUUAACAAAUGAAAAUUUGGAUGUUUGUGAAAUGGUUAAUGGAGAUUUUAUAAAAACCUCUAAACCACAACAUGGGUCUGAAUUUAGUCAUGAUACUGAUGGUUCCAAUAAGAAGACAUCCUCUGAUUCAAUAGACAUGGAUUUAGAUUUAAGUUUCAGUGACAUUAAUAGUUCAGAUAUAAACACUUUUAACGAAAAUAUCGUUCAAAAGUUGUGCUUAAGUGCUUUGAGGAAUAUAAAAGUUGGCAACCAAGAUGCUGAUAUUGAAAAUAUACAAAGGAUUGCUUUAGAUAUUUUAAAAGAAAUGUAUACCCGAAAAGGUAAAAACAACAAAGUUAUGAGCUGUGAGUCAUUUCCUUCAAAACAACGUGAUUUAGAUACACCAACUGAAAUAUUAUCAGUCCAUGAUUAUGAAAAUAUAUGUGCCGUUAAUAUAGCACGUGAAGCGUGGGGCCUAAGAUCAUGGAAUGGAUAUUCAGAUAUAGAAAAUUGGCUUCACGACGGGAGUGUAUUUAGAGAUAGAAGACGUGAUACAUUAACUUCUGGAAGUUCCGAAAUCAGUAGUUGUAUAUCUCAAGAUUUAAAAACAGCAAUUUUAGCAGCGCCGCCUUUCCCGAAAAAAGCUCCUACCUACUCCAAUGUCUUCGUCAAGUUUGAUCCAUGUAACCAAGAAGAAUACGUUGAUUCGAUCCUUUGCCAAACUAACGAUGACACUUUUCUUGCCAAACCAUGUAUGGUUGACACCGGGAAAGAUUAUUUAGAACCAAUUUUGGAAGAAUUAGAUGAUUUAGGUGAUUUAGAUCCAUCAAGUAAAAAGAGGCUUAAUUCAGAAAGUUCCUUAGUAGCGACUAUAGAUGAAAUACGAAAAGCGACAAUUGCCAAUUCGCCAAGAAAUCUAUAUCACAAUCGGAAAGAUCUACAUUGGUACUCUCCCGAAGAGGAUGACUCUUGUAAAAUGGAAUGUAAUCUUAAAAAAGCGUUGUGGAAAGAACCAUCAAAGUUCGAUUCAAGUAACAUAAUGGAAUCUCUACCAGAAAAAGAAAAUAUUCUCAAUGUUUUUCAUGAAUCCAAAUUUGAUUCACAUAAAAAAGGAUCCAAUUGUACCAUGACAUCAUCUUCUAAUACUUCUUCUCUAGAAAUGUGUGUUAAUGGUCGGAAAAAUGCUAGGAUCCGACAAAAAACAAAUGUGAGCAAUCUUAAAACACAGUACAAAAGGAAUUCCAUAAAACCUGAUCAAACCCUUCAAGAUUUGUCAAAUAAGGACAUUGACUUGCUAUGGCAACUGGUUACGGAUAAUUCCAUGCCACUUAGUUCUACUGAAGACCUAGCUUCUGGAAGAUUAACAUCUUCAUUACAAUCACUCAUACAAAAAGACACCACCACAUCAAAUGCAGAAUUACCACCUUCUAAAAUGAUGAACAUGAAAAAAAACUUAAGAAGUAAACCCAGACGUAAAUUUUCAAUUCUUAGAGAAAAGUUUGAACCUAAAUUAAACAUACAUUCUGACGAAGAAUCUUUAUUCCAUUCUUCAGAAAAAAUAUCUGCGUCAGCCGAAUCAGUUGUAGUUAGAAAUAAACUUGACACUAGCAACGAAAACAUCGAAAGUAUACCAGAAGAUAAAAAAAAUAAUGUGGCAUCUACAGAAGCUAAUAAUUCAGAACCAUUUAGAUCUGAUUUGAUAAUGUCGAGAACUAUGAAGGAAAAAAGAUCUUUGUUUAUGAAGCAAGUUCUGAGCCCACCUAAAUUUAAUACAAAGUUAAAACAUAAGGUUUAAUCAAGCGAAAUGGCAAAUUUUACAUUUUAAGUUCUUGUAAAUAUUUAAUUAUUAUUCGGUGUAACAACAGAUUGAAGUCAUUUAUAACACAGAUCUCAUCUUGGAUGUAGUCAAUUUAUUUCAAUUGCAUUAUGUUCAUAAAAUUUAACUAUAAGCCCGCUUCAGGCUUGUGUGUGUGUGUGAAACAAGAAGGCGAUGAUAGUAUAUAUCGCAAUCUCGCAAGAUAAAAAAAGACCGACAAAGUGUGAGUCGUUUCAACUGUCUAACUAUCAUGGUUCAUGAGAUACAGCCUGGUUAUAGACGGACGGACAGCGAAGUCUUAGUAAUAGGGUCCCGUUUUACCUUUUGGGUACGGAAUCAACAAAAGUCAAGGAACAUAACGUGUUAUACGGGGAAAGUAAUUUACAGGUCGCUUCGGCUCCACACAUGCUUCUGAAAGCUUCACGAUUUAAAUGUGGGCUGGGCUCCUGUUUCAUAAAUACGAUUGUCACAUUUUCAGUGCGCUGUUCCUGCUUUAGAUUAGAACCGCUUACAUGCGAGUUGAACUCUAGGAUAAUUGGCCUAUCUACAUACCUGUUAGACCCCAGUAGUAGCAAAUGGGACUAAAAAGCUCCACCUUUGGUCUCAUUAAAUGAAUGAUUACAAUUAAAGAGGUAGAUCGUAUUUUAUGUAUAACUGGUAGCUGCACAUGAAAUUUUCUAAAUGUUCGGAUGGAACUGCCUCACACAGGUAGAGUAUAGUAGGGUGGUCUUAUUUCAUCAAAUUUAAUUGUUUCAACGGGACAACAGCUGAAUGUAGUCUCUGGGACUAAAAAUCAAUGGUGUAUCGUGUAAUAAUUAUUUAUAAAAGUGAUUCAAAAAGACAAAACUUACAACUGUGAUUUGUGUGCCUUCUUUUAAAAUUUCAGCCAGUAUUACUUUUUUAACUCAUAAAUAAUGUACGUACUGAUUUUUUUAAUUACAUUUUUAUUUUGAAACAA